UACCUUGAACCAUAGUGGCAAGCAAGCGUGGCAAGCACGAUGUGUUAAUUGUGUGAGUGAGGAAAUUCGUCAUGGAAGGAAUUUGUGCGUUGUUAUUGUUACGAGUAGUGGUAUGACUGGAUUUUUUUUUAGUAAGAAGUGCGGAAAUUUGUUAUUCCUUUAAUAAUGGAUUGGGUUUGCGUGGUGGCACCUUUGUGAGGUUUGUGAGUGAGUUGUUGCUAUAUAUUACCCGGAAGAAAUUACGACACUGUACAAUAGGUCACGGUCAAAGAGGUUAGUAAAUUUUGACCUCAAACUCAUUUUCGUAUUGUAAUAGUGAAGGCACUGAUUGCAAAUGUGGGUGACAUGGCCAUCGUUUGAAGAUUUUACAAAUAACGACUGUGUGUGAUAAUCUUGAACUAUUGCAGUAUGAAGAAAAGCAUGUAAACUUUGUGUACCGUCAAGUUAUAAAUGACCCAUGUUUCCUUCUGUUAUUAAACAUUUUAGUAUGGAAAGAAUGUGUGACUAAAGUUCUUGUUGGAAAGAAAAUAAUGUGGCCAGCACAACGGCUCUUGAAGUAUGGUAUUGUCACAGGGGUGACAAUUGGCACCCUUGCAUCUUUGAAGGCCAAUCAGUAUAAUUUUGAUUCAGUGGGUAUUGUUCGUCUUGGAAGAGCUGCAGUAACUGUAUUCAAUAUAGCUGUUUAUUAUAAGCAGACCCUUUAUCGCAGCCAGCUAGAUCAUUCUUCCAAAGAAUUCUUGGAGCUGAAGUCAUCAGUUCACAGGAAGGCGGCAGAGAAACUUCUUGAGUUGUGUUGCAUCAACCGAGGUGUCUACAUCAAAGUGGGACAGCAUAUUGGAGCACUGGAUUACCUAGUCCCUCCUGAGUAUGUGGAGACCAUGAAGGUGUUACAUAGCCAGGCCCCACGCUCGACAAUAGAAGAAGUGUACAAAGUUUUACGAGAAGAUCUCAAACAAGAUCCCUUUGAAAUAUUUUCAGAAAUAGAUAAGGAACCACUUGGAGCAGCAUCACUAGCCCAAGUUCAUAAGGCAACACUUAAAGAUGGAACAGUAGUGGCUGUGAAAGUGCAGCACCCUUAUGUACGAGGAAAUGCACUUGUUGACAUGAAGACUAUGGAGGCACUUGUUAAGUUGGUCUCCUGGGCAUUCCCAGACUUCAAAUUUUCAUGGCUGGUGAAGGAGACGAAACGGAACAUCCCCAUUGAGUUGGAUUUUUUACAGGAAGGCCAUAAUGCAGAAAAAGUGGACAAAAUGUUCGGUCAUUUGCCUUGGCUUAAGGUGCCUCAUGUUUACUGGAAUUUAUCAACAAGUCGAGUUUUGACUAUGGAGUAUGUGGAAGGUGGGCAGAUCAAUGACUUGGCAUACAUUCGCUUCAACAACAUUGAUCCCUAUGAAGUAGCAGACAAACUUAGUCAGCUGUACUCACAGAUGAUUUUCAUUCAUGGUUUUGUGCACAGUGAUCCCCAUCCAGGGAACAUUCUGGUCAAGAAGACUCAAGCAGGAGGAGUGGACAUUAUACUACUAGACCAUGGACUGUAUGCAGAACUCAGUAAUGAAUUCAGAUGGGAGUAUUCAAAACUAUGGUUCAGCAUCCUAAAUAAAGACAAGAAAGGAAUGCAACAGCACAGCCAAAAUUUGGGUGUAGGAAACUUGUACUUCCUGCUGGCCUGUAUGGUCACAGGCCGGACAUGGGACACUAUAAUGUCUGGUAUCCAGAAGACAAAGUGGACUAAUAGUGAGAAAAAUAUUCGGGAUAAAGAGAUACCCCAUCUCCUGCCGCAGAUCAGUGAUGUUCUAGAUAACAUCAAUCGCCAAAUGCUUCUUAUACUGAAGACAAAUGAUCUGAUGCGAGGUGUGGAGUUUACGCUCAAAGCUCAGAACAGGAAAACAUCAUUCUUGGUGAUGUCUCGGUGUGUCAUCCAGAGUGUCUAUGGAGAGCGUUUGAAGCUAUGCAAGACUUGGCUCUCACGCUGGAGUACAGUCAUGUCUGAACGCUGGGCACUUUUUAAACUGUCUGUGUACUACACGUACCUGAGCAUAAUUAGUCUUCCAUUAAUUAGCAGCAUGUUUGAUUUAAUGAAGAAGUCGUAACAAAAUAUAAUUCAUUGUCACAGAACUUUUAUAGAUUAUUGAAAAGAAAUAUUAUGCCCCUGAUAAUGAGACUUUGUCAGAUUUAAGAGACUGAAAAUACCGUUACUGCAGCUUUUGUGCCUUAUGUUAUUAGCUUGUUACCUGUAAUUUCUUCUCUAGUUCCAGAGUAAUGAUAGAAAACAUUUUGUAUUCACUGCUUGUAUGAAGAAUGCUAUGUAGUACAGGAAGGUUAAAUGAAUUAAAGGUUUAAGAUUGACAGGUAUGCAGCAUGUAUGGGCUAAGAGAGAAGUGAAAAUAUAAUUCUAACUGGAAAACCUUAUAUAAAUAGACCAUUUUGGAAAUUGAGGUGAACUUUGGAAGAUAAUAUUCAGAUGGAUUAAAUUUUAUAUGGGAAUGUGAAUGGAGUAAUCUUGUGAGUUAUAAUGCUAUGUAGUUCAGUAAAAGAAGUUCACUGACAUUUCAGAGGAACAUACCAUCUCCAUCUUCAGGGUUGAAGAGUAAACCAAGCAAGAAACCAGCAUAAAGCAGGUGGCAAACAUAGAAAUAAGUAAAGCUCUGCUUGAUGCCAUCUUGUUAUCAGUGGACUUUAAUUGAGCUGCAUGGCUUUACAAUCCAAAAGAUUGUGCUGUUCAUAGUGACUGCUCUGCAAUCCAAAAGAUUGUACUAUUCAUAGUGACUGCUGUGUAAACCUCAAAUCCAACAGACUUAAACUUACUUAGAAGAUGGUUUAGGGUUUGGAAUUUUGUGUUGCAGGUAAUGAACUUUCAGAGUGUUUCUUGAAUAGUGGAAUGUCUGUUGACUGCUUCAGAAUGACUGUACAAUGAAGUUUAUUAAUGUUAUAAACGGUUACUGUUGGGUAUGUGUUCAAGGGUUGUUUUCACUUAGAAAAGACAUUUGAAUGUUAUUCAGAUGAAAUGGCUGAUGGGCAGAACAUUAAUUAAUGAAUGAAAUAUGUGUAUAUUUUCUGCACUCUUGAGUGUGUGGACAGGAGAUGCAGAAGUUUGAGCUAACAAGUACAAGUUAAUAUAAAAUGGAUAUCAGAUAUCUUGAAGAAAGCAGUCUUCUGGGAUGUGGUGCCACAUCCCAGAAGAAUGCUUUCUUCAUAGUCACCGCCAUGAAAACCCCAAAUCUUACAUCAGAUAUCUUGUUAAACAAAGUAAGCUAAUUUUGUAACUCAGUUCAUGCUACUAGAUUAUCAAACUAAAAAUCAUUUAUAAUAUGAUGAACAAUAAAAAAGGCAUCAAGAUUAGGGCAUCUUUAUUAGGAUUGUAAGUUUCAGUGGUCCCCCACCACCACCACAAGGUAAGAAAACCUCAUCAGAGAGUUGGAUUCUGUAAUACUGGGUAUUGCUUCAGAAUCUGUGUGAUUAGAUUCUGUGCCGUGUGAUGGAAAAAUAACUUAGACUGCCGGUGAACCCCAGCUUAGGAACAAAAUGUGUUCUUGAGAUGUGUUUGUAAGUUGAAUGUAUUUUUUUAUUAAGGUAUGUUGUUAAAUUUGUUAAUGUGUUAAAAUGUUCAUUAAAUGAAUUGAGAGUUGCAGUUCAUUAGCCUAUGCAAUGUUUGUAAAUACAUUGUUGUUUCUUGAAAGUUUAUAAGUAGAGGUUUGCCUGUAAUUCCAAUGGAGACAUAUUCUUAAAUAAAGUAGACUAUGAAGCGUAAAGUACCACCAAUUCACAGUCAGGUUUCAGAUAUGUUUUGGUAUCUGAAAUAAAAAUUUCAACCUUAUAUGAAUUUUUUCUUCAAAUACACAUCAUUACAUGAGAUGUUGGCUGGGCAGCAGCAUCUUAUGCAUGGACAGCAGUGGGAUUCUUUUUAGAGCAUCAAAAUGAAGAUUUGGUGGAGUGGGUGAUUGUACAUAUUAUAGAUACAGAACAAAUAUUUUGAUAGAGAUGGAAACAUUCUCCUUUUAUUCUGUAUUGAUGUAAUUGGUUGUUUGAUAAGAUUUCAUUUCAUUCAGCCACAGCUCUGAGGAUUUUAUGUAUCAUAAAAAUGAAGAUGUUAAAUAGACAGACAGUGGGGUAUGGGACUGAGGUCAUGUUAGAGCAUGUGAAGGUAUAUAUGCAAAUGAGAUAAGAGAAAGAGUGGACAUAAAGAGAAAUCCUCAUAGGAGAUUCUGUAAGAAUAGAAAGGCUUCGAUUGGACCCACCCUACUGGAAAUGCCAGCGCAUGAUAACGAUGACAUAAACAACAUAAAUUUUCCAGCAGAUGAACUGCAACAUUUAAAAAAACAGAUAUAUCUGUGUUUAUUCCAGGAAAACAUUCUGUACGUGUAUACAGUCACCAGAAUUUAUCUUAAAAGUCAGGUAACAGAUUAGGGGAAACAACCCAAGAAGGAUUUGAGAAUUUUUCAACUUGAAACAAGUUUUAGACUGGAAUAAACAUCACUUCUUACUGCAGGAUAUGUUAUGUUUUUGUAAUUAGUUUUAUUUCAUCAUGUAUUUGGACUCUGCUGACAUGCUGAUCAUAGUCAAAGGUUUCCCUUUCAGGUUUAGGCAUUAUUUAUUGACUGCUCUUCAUUGCACUUUGUUUUUAAUAUGUACAAUGAAACCCCAAUUUAAGGUUUCUUUGGGGAGCAGUAGAUUUGAGCACUAAACUAAAGAAAUGGAGUCAUUUAAACAGUGAGAAUAUUUACCUUAUUAAAUGAGGGAAAAUGGUAAAUUAAGGAGCAUUAGAUGGGGUUUCAUUGUGCCACUAAUGUGGCUGUAAGUAGUAAUUAAUAAUAAAACAGUUAUAUUGUACUAUAAAAGCUAUUCAGAAAAAAUUAAGGUUUAGUACAUUAGAAGCUCAAUAAAAAAAAUUGAAGGGCAUGCUGUAUGAUACAAUAUUUAAAUACUUGUAUAUGUUCAUAUUCCACUAAAAUUCCCAUAAAUUUCACAUGUACAUAUUUAUGAAGGUGUAUUAAAAUAUAUUUUCAGAAAUGUGUAGAAUAUGUUAUUAACUUAUUUUCUCUGGUGUAUUUAGGUCGUGCAAUAACUAGUUCUCUGUAUAGAGUUUUAAUUUCAUAUGUCAUAUGUGCAUAUUUAUGAAGGUGUAUUAGAAUAUAUUUUCAGAACUGUGUAGAAUAUGUUAUUAAAUUAUUUUCUUUGGUGUA